GAUCGUAAAAUGUACAACCUGUACAGAGCCUGGUUCGGCAGCGAGAGCUGCAAUCCAUUGGAAAGUCGAUCAAGUGGGCCUGUUGGGCCUGCGAUCGGUUUGUCGCCCCCCGAUACACUGAUCAGAGUUGGAAAUGACGGUGAGCAUCAAUUCGUCGCUCACAGAAGCAUCCUGGCCGCUCACAGCGGAUACCUGAAGGCGCUCCUCGCAACAUCGUCGAAUGUCGCACCAGGAACAACAGCCGCAACAAGCGUAGCAUCGUUGUCUGUGUCCUCAGUCGGUGGCGAGGCGUUCGCGCCCCUUUUGAACUACAUGUAUACCGGCCGGCUGGAAGUCACCCUGGACAACAUUUACAGCGUCCUGCUAGCAACGCAUCUUCUCCACAUGCCAGGUGCCCUGGAUCAGUGCAGAGCCGCUUUACUGAAGUUAAGAGCGCCCCCCGUCGCAGGUGGGGUCCUCAGGCCCGUACCUAGUCGCGUUGUUGGGCCCCCGCUCUGCUGGCCUCCACCCGCGAGCCUCUACUCCUCGGGAACGCUACCUUUGCCAACUCUAAGAGUUCCCACAACGAUUUCCAUCUCCGGAAUGCCAACGCCGAUAUCUCGCGAGUCGCACAACGUGAAUCCAACUUACAACACCGGUGAAAAAUCCGUCUCCCCGAAGCCGUCAACCUCGCAGCAGACACCGCGAUCCCCUGCGAGGUCACUGACCCCGGAUGCGCCCCGCAGGAGUGAGACAAUGUCCAGGACGCCCCGAGGUCAAAGAUCACCGAGUCCAGCAGGCAGCGCUGAGAAAAUUUCCGUUACGGACUCGGAGCCGACUCGAGGAAGAAAGAGCCAAAGAACGACGAGCGAUCCGCAGGGUAACGGCUCCGGAUCGAACGUCGUUAUAGAUAUCGCUUGCUGCGACGGUCCUGUGCGUUUUCACCGAGUCCUGAACGUAAAUUAUUCGGCACACGACAACGCUGAGCAACCCUGCGCCGGAUUGCAACAGCAGCAGCAACAGCAACGCGUCUGCGAGGUCGAAACGGUUGUCGAAAACGAUGAGAACAUUUGCGAUGGGGAUGAAGAGGUCCAGGGGAUUGCAAACAGCGUCCCAAACGAGUCGGGGCAUUACACCUGCGGCUACUGCAGGCACACCUUCAAGUCCCAGUAUUGUUAUCAGAAACACGCGAGACGUCAUUUGCACCCCGCUAAUGGCGACGGACAAACAAGCUGUCGUCGACGGGAGGUUCGUCUGCUUGAUUUAAACGUACAGUACUACCCGUGCAAGAUAUGCGGAAGUAAAUUUCCAAGCUAUUAUUUCGUUCACAAGCAUCGUAAGCUGUGUCACGGGAGCGACGACAAUCAGAGUGGAAGCGACGAGUCGAAUGCAAAUAAUUUCAACGGUCAACUGACCCAGUAAAUUGUUUGAUCGUCCUAUUCUGUUACACAAGCUAAGGAAAAUAUUAAACAUCGAAUACUAUACAUACAUAUAUAUAUAUAUAUAUAUAUCAUUAUUAUG